CUGCUGCUGAACGUUCAGAAAAAAAAUGAAGCGCUUGUCAAGUUCAUGGUGGAACAAAAGGGUGCAGAAGAUACACUGCAGGCCGUCGUGUCUGGUGAGAAGCAGCAACUUUGAAUUUACACAGAAGUGGGUUCCAGUAUUGUUUGAUGACCAACAGCUGGACAGGAUAGUUAAGUACCUGACAGGCUUCCUUCAUAACUGUGAAAAAAUCUCAGAUGAAGUCUCCACCAUGCUGUCCUAUGACAAGAUUAAAUACAUCCUUGUUGUGAUGUUGCCAGAGAAUCGGGAUAUGAUACCUGUAACAAAGGUGACAGUAAAGGCCUUGGAAGAAAUAAGGAACAUGACAACAAAAGACGCAGUGGCAGAGGUUGAUCAUGGACCACUGGAUGACAGUGAAAUGGAGGCCAUGGAGAUGGAAAUAAGGAAUCACAUGGAGAGGCGUGGGCUUGUGUAAAAGUCCGUCUGUUUUGCUUGUUAGUUUUUUGUAUACUUCUCUCUCCUAUGUUUUUAAAUGUUUUCAUUCUCC